AUGACUCCAUCUCUGGUUAUCCAAGCAGGUGAUGAGGCAGCACAGACAAAAGAGCCAGAAAACGUUAUGCCCCUGGCGAGGCUGCAGUAUAAUUUUUCCCGAGAAGCUAAUCUACCAACAAGGAGCAGCGAGUUCUUCCUGACGGGUAGAAAUGCCAGCCUGUUUCCUGAGCUGCCCAGAGGCCACCCAAAUGCAGAAGGGCCCCUUAAAGAUUUCAGCACAGCAAUUCCGCCCCAGGGGGGGUCUUUGCCUGCCAGAGUCCCCUGUGCUGCGCUCCAGCCACAUGGCAGCGGGGUUAUUCCCCCAGGGCGUGAGCAGAAUGAACCUCAAGAUGCUGUCCGAUUCAGUGCAGUUGCAGGAGACAGUUCCCCAACGGAAGGGCGUCCCAGUGAGAGGUCACACCUGGAGAAGAAAAGCCACCCCAGGACCAAUGCUGAGGCAGAUGUUAACAAGCUGCCAACUUCUGAGGCUCAUGAAGAAAGAUGCGCUGGAGAGGUCCCCUGUACGGGCUCCAAUUCUGCAGUGAAAUUUCUCAACCCCAUCCCUGCCACCCAUCAGCAGGUCUCCCCUAAAGACCUCCCCACCUUCAGAUGUCCCACUUGUAGCCACCCUUUUAAGUGCAGCAUUGCCAGUCUUGGGGGAAAAGAAGUAAAUGCAACAGGCAAGUGGGAGAGGCCCUUCAGUCCCCUUAGCCUCAACCCCGUUUCUGAAGAAAAGGCCUGCAAAGUGGAGAAGCCCUUUAAAUGCCCUGAUUGUGGGAAAGGCUUCCUCCACCGAUCCAGCAUCCCCCGGCAUCAGAGGCUCCACAAGAAAGAAAACUCGUCUCCCAAAGCUGGGCAGCCCAUGCCCUACCACUGUUCCAACUGCGGCACCACGUUUGCUGUGAAGUCAGCAGCCAUCAAACACCGGAAGCUGCACGAGGCGGAGAGGCUGUUCAAGUGCCUCUCCUGCGAUAAAAGCUACAGCCAGAAAAGCCAUCUGAAGAGGCAUGAGCAGCAGAAGCACCAGGCGGCCCACCCAACAGGACAGCUUUGA